AUGUAAAAUCUAAUAGGAUUAGAAGAUAGAAUAAUAAAACUCAAUGAUCUAGAGAAAGUUGAAAUCAUAUAAUAACUUUAGAUGGAUUUAUGGAUUUCUGUAAAAUCAAUUAUGAAACUAAAAGAUUAUUCAAUUAUUUUAAGUUUUUCCACAAAUUGA